UUGAAAUGAGCCUUACAGACAUUCUAAGCCCUUCCGAUAUUGCUGCUGCUCUGCGAGACUGCCAAGCUCCAGAUUCCUUUACUCCCAAAAAAUUCUUUCAGAUCAGUGGAAUGUCUAAAAAGAGUAGCAGCCAACUGAAGGAGAUCUUCCGGAUUCUUGACAAUGAUCAAAGUGGCUUUAUCGAGGAAGAUGAGCUCAAGUAUUUCCUUCAGAGGUUUGAGUGUGGAGCCAGAGUGUUAACCUCCUCAGAAACCAAGACCUUCUUGGCAGCUGCAGAUCAUGAUGGGGAUGGUAAAAUUGGGGCUGAAGAAUUCCAGGAAAUGGUGCAGUCUUAAAGGUUCAAAAGGACCAAGCAAAAUACAAUCCGGGUGAAUCUGCACAAGACACUCCAAAACCUUGAAAACCAGGACUCCCUUAUUUAUCUUGACUG